AUGUCGGGAACUUUGUAUGUUACGGCUAAUAUGCAUUAUCAUGAGAUAUUAGGUGUACUUGCUUCCUUGUUGGAGUGGACACAAGAUGAUGAUAUCAAUAUUGUUCUUAUGGGUGAUCAAAUGAGGAAAAAGUUUGACAAGUAUUAUGGAGACUUUGGAAAAACAAAUGUGAUGGUGUUAGUUGCGGUUGCACUUGAUCCAAGGUAUAAGAUGAGGUUUGUGAAGUUUUCUCUAAGAAAAAUCUAUCCUUUAGACUUCAAGAAGGUUGAAGAACUAUAUGCUAAAGUGUUUGAGGUUUUGAAUCAACUAUAUAAUCAUUAUUCUAAUGUUUCUUCAACGGGCAAGAAUGAUGGUUCUAGUUCUUUCAAUACAAAUGAUGAUGAUGGUCAAAAUUUUGAUGGUGUGGUUAAGAAUAAGCAAAUGAGAAAAAUAUAUGAUGAGUUUUAUGAAAAUGAUGUUGAAGAUGCUAUGGAAAAAUCUGAAUUGGAGGAAUAUCUUGAUGCUCCACCCAAAAAAAUGAAUAAUGAAACAUUUGAUAUUUUGAAGUGGUGGAGUGACAAAUGCACAACAUACAAGGUGUUGUCAUCAAUGGCAAAGGACAUUCUAGCCAUUCCGUUAUUGGAAGAUGUGGAAAAAUAUGAGGAAGAAAUCAGUUGCAAUAUGGAAGAUACACGUGGAGGGAGUUAGUAGUUGCUGUUUUUGAUGUUGGGAUGGUGCUGUUUUUGCUGCCUGCUGUUGCUGUUUGCUAUUUUGCUGUUGCUGUUUGGUGCUGUUUUGCUGUUUUUUGCUUGUUGGUGCUGUUUUGCUGUUGCUGUUUGGCUGUUUUGCUGUGGUUCUUUUGCUGUUUUUUUGCUGUUUUGAAACUUGAUAAAAAAUUGUUUACUGUUUUGUUGUUGCUGUUUUGACUUUUGUUAUUGCUGAA